AUGGAAGACGCGGGUCGACAAGAGAGUGAUUACAGUCGGGUAAUUGAGACUCUUAUUGAAACCUUUGGAGAAGUGGUAAGCGAAGAUGUAGUACACGCAGUUGUCGAAAAUUGUGGUGGUAAUUUAAAUGAAUCUGCCGAUGCAAUUAUGAGUUUGACACUUGAUAGUAAAUCCCAUAUAUCAUCAAGCAACACAAAACAUAAUAGCAAUAUUGAACAGCCCCCUAAUUUGAAUAUGGAUGGUGAUAGUAUGAAGGAUAUGGGAGAAGUUCCGGAAAAGAAAUGUCAUAGUCAAAGUUAUAAUAAAUGUGAAGUUUCUCAUAAACAAAACAGAAUUAAUAAACCAUCAAAUUUAUCCACUGAAGCUAAUGUCCAACCUUCAAUAAGUUAUGCUAGAGCAUCACAAGGUGAGGCUCCGCAAACACAAAAAGGUAAACAAAUAAUGCCUACCACAAAUGCUGGUUUCAAUAUUUGGACCAAUCAAUUCAGAGAAAUCUUAUCACAUCAUAAUAAAGGUUCACGACUAUUGAUAAUUAUGAGAGGUGCUCCUGGCAGCGGUAAAUCGUUUUUAGCAAAACAAAUUAUAGAAAUGACUGUUGGAGCUAAUUUUUCUAAUUACAAGAAACAUAUUCUUAGCACUGAUGACUACUUUAUGGUAAGAGGUGUUUACCAAUUUGAAAAAUCAAAGCUUUCAGAUGCUCACAUUUGGAAUCAAUCUAGAGCAAGGACAGCAAUGAUGCGGGGUUUAAGUCCUGUUAUUAUUGACAAUACUAACAUUGAAUUGUGGGAAAUGGAGCCGUAUGUAAGAGAUGCAGUUAGAAAUGGAUAUGUGAUAGAAGUUUUAGAACCAAACACUCCAUGGGCAAAGAAAGCAAAUCAAUUGUCACGGAAGAAUAUUCAUGGAGUUCCUUUCCAGUCAAUUAAAAGGAUGCUUGAUAAUUUUCAAAAUGGUGUUACAGGUGAAUAUUUGAGAAAUUAUUAUAGAUUGUGUUAUCCUGAAAAUAUGGUUCCUCCUGUUUUGAGAAAUUUUCCUCCUAUGCCGGUAGAAAUUCCUGUUGAACCAACUCUUGGUAAAAACAAUAGCAGUCCAGUAACAGACCGCAAUAAUGAGUCGAUAACACAAGAAAGCUUACCUGUUCAAACUCAAGAUGUAAUAAGUAAUACGUCUUCAUGUACAGAAUCUGAGGAAUUAAGUCAAGACAGUACAAGUAAAUCAGAUAACUCACAAAUUGUAGAAAAGGAAAAUGAGAAUAGAAACUCAUUACCGAUUCAAUAUACAUAUAUAGAAGAACAGUUAGAAGAAUAUGCUAAAGUCGAAAAUGAAUGGGAAAAUGGUGAAAACUGGGAAGAGGAAACAGAGAAAACUCAAAAUAAUACUAAAAUAGAUGAUUUAAAGAAACAGAAUGAAAUUGUUAAACCUAAAAGAAGGCCUAAAGACUCUGUAGAGUCUCAAUCCAUACAAAAUUCGCUACCUGAAUGUCAAGAUUGGACAAAAAUCUCUAUGUUUAUGCCACCUUGGGAAAGUGAAGAUGUAAAAUCAAAUGUCAACCCUGCAAUUUCAGUUGAAAAAGUUUGCAGCAGCACUUGUAUGGAAAUUGGCGAUACAGACAUUAACAAUUCAAGCAAACCUCAUAAAAUUAUAACGGCAAUACCCAGAGAUAUAAAUUUGUAUUACUUGCCACUUGAUAAAGUGAAAAUCCCAGAUAAACGGAUGUUAGAUAAGAGUACUAUGACAAAUGAUCAGGCAAUAAUAGAAGGUUAUAGAUGUCAAAAUGAAGAGAAGCAUUUCAGAGCUUUUAGAAAACUGUUUAAAAAUAUUAAUAAAUGUGAUUUAAGAGAUAUAUUUGACCGCUGUUGUGGAGAUGUAAACUGGGCAGUCGAUAUUGUGCUUGAUGGUGUUGCAAAUAAACAGUUGCUAAUUCAAGAUGAAGAUGAUUCUUCAGAUAUUGAAGAAGAAAUUUCUGGACAGUGUGAAUGUGUGGCAGCAUAUAACGUAAUACCAGAUGUCAUAUCAGCAUCUAGUACUAAAGAAGACCAUACCUCAGAAGCUGUAGUAGAGAAUGUAACAUCUACACCGAGGAAAGUAAAAAAAGAGGUAGUCAUUACUGAAAGUUCUAUUCAGUUAAAACGUCAAAUAGAGAAAAAUGUAGUUAUUGCUGAUAAUCACUAUUCAGAGCAUUGCUUAAAGAUUAGAAAAAUACGCCGCGGGGAGGCCUCCCAAGCAGAAGUUAAUGUUUGCGAAAAUGUAGAAAAUUCAGAUAAUACUCAGAACUUCGAGAAUGUUUUCCCUAGUACUUCUAAAGUCGGAAGUGAAGUUAAUUAUUUGGACACGGAAAAUGUUGAACAUGAUAAUUUGAACACUGAAAGUGAUGAUGAUGAUGAAACUGGUUUUGAUUAUGUGGAGAAAACAGUUAAUAUUGAAUUAGGCAGUCAUUUUGUAACUCAAUUAGACGAAUUCUUUGGUAGGCGAGGCAUGAUAUAUCCUGAGAAUAUUAUACCAAAAAUAAACAUUCCGCUAUCCAUCCUAAAUGAAAUUAAUGCUCUUUGGAUGGAAUCUUUAAUGGACCAACUAGAUAAGGUUACUAAACAAACGCAGUUAAUGGUACUUCAAGAUGAGGAAUUUGCAAGACAAUUAGCACUUAAAGAGGAAGAACUGGCUUUAGCAGGAAAAGAACCGGAAGUGCCUGAUUUUAAGGAGAUAAUGGAUUUAGAUUUUGCACUUUCUUUGUAUCAAAAAGAUGUUGAAGAGUGGCGAAAUAAGGAACCUAAUGAUUUGGCUGCAAAACUUACACGGGAAAAGUUAUACAAUUUAUUCCCUGAUAUUUCUCCAAAUGUUUUGUCCGAGCUUCUUAUGGCCUAUGAUAAUAAUUUCCAGGCAACUGUAGAGGUCCUCUUAAUGUCAACAGGCCAAACAAGGGUCCUGGAAAUGGAAAAUGGUAUCAAUAAAUUUGUCAUGAAGAAAGAAAUACAACGUCAAGGGAAAUUACUUAAAGAACAGAAAAAAGCCCUUUCAGAAGUUGAAUGGCCAUUUUUACCGCGUGUGGAUACAGUAGACAUGUCCAUAGUCGAAAAAUACCGUGACGAAGCUGAACAGCAUUUGGCUAGAAGAAACCUGAGUUAUCAAAAAGCCCAGGAUUAUAUACAGCGCGGAAUGACUCAGGUAGCAGCCUACUAUUCGGAACUCGCUGCUCUACACAAGCAGAAAUAUGAACAGGCCAAUAGCUUAGCUGCCGCUUCUCUUAUACAGGUGCACGCAUCGAAUAAUCCCGAUAACUCUACAAUUGACCUUCACUACUUACGAGUAGGAGAAGCAAGGGAAAGCCUAGAUUUGUUCCUCGAUGCUCACAUACAGAAACUUCGAGAAAUACAGCACAGAAGCAAUUUAAGACAUCAGAAUUUAUAUUUUAUAACUGGGCGCGGUUUACACAGCAACGGUAGGCCCAGAGUGAAACCCGCUAUCAAGAAGAGACUACAGGAAAGAAAUUUAGCUUUUAGCGAAAGGAAUCCCGGCCUGCUUGCAGCUAGAGUGAGUGCUGAUGAUAAAUUAUCACACCAAAUCGGCUAG